AUUAAAUGGAAAAAUAUAUUAACGCUAAUCUCAACCAAACAAACUGAUGGGCAAAACAAUAGGGCAUUUGAUAGCGAAUGAAAGAAUUGUGUAAAUAUUUUUGUGCAACAAUUCUGGUACAGAAUAUUCUGUGCGUUAAAUAAUUCUCAGUAAUUAUAAUAACAACAAAACAAAAACACUCAACAAAUCCCCGCAUAAAUGGCGAUAACAUUAAGAGACUUAUUGUGGAAAUGUGCGGCAAUUUGCGCGACAUAUCUGGCAAUACUGCCCGAUAGAGUGACCAGUUAUGCACUGUUGGACAUUAGGCAGGACGAGAAGGCAAAGUUAUUACACCGAUUGGACUCGUUGAAUAUACUCGCUUAUACCCUGUUGUUAAUAUUGACUGUGUGUACGAUAUGGCUGUUUAAGUGGCGCCGCAUACAGUUCCUGCACGAGACAGGUUUGGCCAUAUUUUACGGACUUAUUGUCGGCGCUAUUAUACGAUAUGUUGGAAACGAGUCACAAGUUUCACAUCUCAGUGUUAUACCGGAGCACAACUACACGGCCAACAACUCGCAACUGAUACCGCCGGACGCCCUAUGGAUCAAAUUCAACGUACCGGUGGGCGACCACAACGCCAUGACUCCGGCCCCAGUGGUGACCAACACCAGUGGCCCGACACCGGUGGGGCCCACCGGCACAUCAGUGGAGCGCUACUACGCCUAUGUGUUCAAAGGGGAGCUCAUCAACCGGUACGACGAGAAGGCCGACCGACAGAUCUCAGAGAAGGCCACCUUUGAUCCCGAGAUCUUCUUCAACAUAAUUCUACCGCCGAUUAUCUUCAACGCCGGCUAUUCAUUGAAGCGCAGGUUUUUCUUCAGAAAUCUCGGUAACUGA